AUGCGCUUCAACGAGGCUCUUGACGAGCAGCAAAGGUUCUACAGACAUCAAAAAGCCUUUGUGGACCGAGCGAUCCUGGAUGCUGCAGAAACGGAACGGAAAAAUCAUGACGAGAGCGAACGAGCCAUUGUUAGAGGGGAGCUGGUGCGCGACGAUCUCUCCAAGGCUCUUGAAGCUUGUCGCGCAUUUUCACGGAGAGAAUCUGACACAGUCAAUGCCACGCUCAGAGAUAUCGAGGCAAAGCUACAAGAUACUCAGCAGCAGCUUUUGCAAGAGGUGGAGAGAUCAAACAUCUUGGAAAGUCAGCUCGACGACCAAAAUCAACACGACAAAUUGGAUCAAAUACUUUCGGCUGUCUCCUCACGCGACCAAGAGCUCCGGCGUCGGGAUGAGAUGAUCAACGGCCUCACAGCGGCUCUCAAGGGGCAUUUCGAUGAGCUUGAAGCUGCGCUGCGCAUGACCAACACCAGUCAGAUGGACUUGCGACAUUCAAUGACCCAAGUUCAAGAGAGCAUCCAGAAUCAGCUCACAACGCAGUUGGAUGGACACUGCUCUCGCGAAGCAGAUAUGCGCCAGGAGCUUAUUGAGAUGGCUGAAGAGAAGACUCAAUGUGCGACGCUUCUUGAUGUUCGAUACCGCCAACUAAAGGAUGUUGAGGUUUCAAAUGAGAAGAAAACGGAAGAAGCCCAAGGCCUGCGCCUUCAGAUCGCGAGCCUUGAAAGUACUUCAAACCAGGAAGCGACUCUGGCGAGCGAUAUUGUAGAGCUUCGACAGGCAUUGUCUAAUAAGGACGCCCAGAGCACCGUCCUGCAGCAACAGAUUCAAGACCUCAAUGUCAUUCACCAGAAUGAAAUUGCCCUUCUGAAAAAGAAUAUGGAGCUUGAAAUCUCUGGGCUGCACGAAGAGGCUAACAUCAAGACAUUGAAGAUCUGCGACAUGGAGAGCCAAUUCCGAGACCAGACUGAAAGGCGCCAAAAAGACACUGGAGACAUCAAAGAGCACCUUACGAGCAUCUAUGAGAGAUUGCAGCAGAAAAGAGAAGAGCCUCUUCGUUCGGUUGUCAGUGACACUAUUGAUGCCGCGAUACAGACGGAGUGUCGCGGGACAACAAAUAGCGGACGCGACGUUGUUUUCGAGGAUACUACUGUCGUGCGUAGCGAAGUCCGAAAGGAACCGGACGAGUCUCCCAGACAUGUUCCUAUCCUAGAGCAAGAUGCAACAGCCGAGACAGCUAGAUUACGGAGAGAUCUGGUUGACGCUGAGCAGCGAAUUGCCAAUCUAACUCAUAGGCUAAAGAGUCCAAGCCAGUCUCCCAUGGAUGAUAACGCUCUCAACAGGCUCAAGCAAACCGACAAGGAGCUCUUGGUAGCCAAGCAACAGUUGAGAAUACUGGAGGAGAGUGCAGUAGAUGUGAAGGGCAUGAACGAACAGUUCCAGACAAUGCUCGCGAUACAACGAGUUCUACACCACACGCACCAGUCUUGUUUGGCAGAAACAGAAGCAGCCGAGGCAAGGAUGAGCAACACUGUUGGCCCUGCUCCCGCUAGACAGUUCGAUUUGGAAUCUGUAAGCCUCGAACAUUUUAAGCCACGCGGUGAUGAGCAGAGUAGCUCUCAGCACGACCGUGACAACGAUGCCUCCCCUACGGCGGUAGUCGUCCAACUCCGCGAGAAACGUAUCGUACUACGAACACCUAGUCAAUCAGAGGCGGGCGAAGCCCUGCAAAUGGUGUCCAAUGACGAAGAGCGCACACAGAGAAGAGUCAUGGGACCGACAAAAUCGAUACUGCGUCGUCGCCCUACCACUGACUCGAAGGUGUUUGAGCCAAUCUCAGGUGGCCCGUUCAAGUUCACUCCAGCCAUGAGGAAAAACGGGCUCCCCUCAGGCCUCAGGGCAUAUGACCAGCCGGUGGUCGGGCACGUCAGGACUUUUGACUAUGUCGCUAACAAUCGUGCCGUGACAAGGUCGCUCCAAAGCAGCGUACUGGGCCCCCACGCAAUAUUCCGAGAGUCUGGCCUAUUUAGUCCCAUAGAACGUCAGCGGCGUGAGCUGCAAGCCCCAGGCCCGAGCUUGCAGGCAAUCAAAGGCAAGCGGCCAGGACAGUUCGAAAGCGUCACAGAAAGCAAGAAACCGCGGGUGGACGAUGACAUCGAAGAUGUGACGGAAGCAGAAGAGGUCUCCCGUCACUUUUCGACCAAACCCGGCACCUCUGGCGCGACAGCGGGGCCAAAGUUGUGUCCAACAGAGCAGCGUGAUCGUCCGAGAAAGGUGACAAAGACAUAUUCCAAGCUGAAUCCUGUCAAAGAGACGAUGGCCGUUUUUUAG